CCUCUCUCAAAAAGCGUUCAUCGUUUGGAUACAAGCCCUUUCAGCACCCAAUUGCAAGCGACUUCGGAAUCCGCGUUUUGCACUGAUCGUGUCGCGAUUGCCGCUCUCGUCAUCAUGCGGUUCGAGUCCUUCCUGCACCUGAUGCACUUCGGAUUUUUCAUAAGGCUCCUCACCCUGACAUGGUGCCGCCCCCGCCCCCCAUCAAUGAAGAGGAAUUCAAGCCCAAGGAGGUGCAGCAGAGGCCCACAUGCACUGGGGGUGCUCGUCGCGCAGCCCGUCGGGGGAAGCGAGGACAGCAAUUGCCGGCCCCUGCAGCACUGCAGCAGCCCAGCAUCAACAGCAUCAGCAGCAGCACCGGCAUCAAUAGCGGCACCGGCAGUGCAAGCGGCAACUGGAUCACCCGCGACAAGGAGGCAGAGUAUCGAAGGUGGACGGCUCCCGCAGCUGCCGGGCAAGCCGAAUUGGGCGACAAGGAACAAGAGAACAAGGGCGGCGUCAGCAACAACGGCAAGGUGAGAGCGAACUUGGAUGGAGUCUCAAUGACAUGGCAUUGUAACGGAUAUUAUCUAUGUCUCUGCCGCACUCAGGAUGUUCUUGCCAAUGAGCCCUCAUCGUCCGCUGCCUCUGCCAGCGCCAACGUCGACAAAAAGGCCACCCGGCUGCAGCGUGUGACGCUGCGUGAGCACGAGUUGCCCAUGGCAAGGGCUCCGGUGGCCGAAAAGAUGGCAUCGGUGCUGGUACGUAUAUGUGCACCUCCUGCACACAUCUAUCCGUCCACCUAGCACUUUCUUGUGUCGUGUGGAUGCAAGCGGAGAAGAUCAAGGGCAGCGGCCCCAGCGUGGUGUGCAACAACAAACACGCCAACACCAAAUACAACAACGGAAUCUGAUAGGGAGACAAGAGGGGAACUCAAGACGGAGGAAAGAGAUAUGGGGAGGGGGGCGGUGGGUGCGUCUGCCUGCUCACUCGCCGUCUUUGCCAUUCUCUCGCUCGCCCUUCCUGUCUGUCUGGCUGGGUUGCCUCCUGUACAUGUGAUUGAUUGGGGGUAGCAUCGUUCCUUUGUGUUGUGAUGUGCACCGUCCACUGAGAGCACAGCGGCCCGCCCCACCUAGCUGGCCAAUUCCCCCUAGCCCGUCCACUCACCCACUCGCAUAGCUUCCUCGCCUGACACACACCUACCUACCUACCUAGGAGAUGGCAGCGGUUUUCCCGUUAGCUGCCAUCAGCACAUACGGCGUAAUGAGACAGGGGAUAGUCCAUCCAUCCACCAGAGUUCCACCAGAGAACAGCCAAUGCAAUGUUGAACAGUGGAUGGAAGGCAGAGAAUGUACUGACUUACAUGGGUGUGAAGCGACCGUUCACACCACACCACAGGCACAUAGCCAGCGGCACAGCACACGUGCAUCUGUCGGCCCUUUGAGCUCUCUCUUGCGGGGUGUGUGUAUCCAUGCGUGUGUGUGCGUGUGCGGACUGUGUGCGUGCGGCCCUCUCGAGGCCUGCCUUCACGCAUCCGUCCAUGUCCCUGUCUCGUGGUUGUUUCCGUACGUGGUGCGUGGUGCGUGGAUCGACUUAUUGCAUGGCCGGACAUCCACAUGUUGAUGUGAAUGGAUUACUUCUAUC